AUGAAACCCUCUAAUUAUAUCCUCUCCAUAGCAGCAGCAAUCUUACUUCCUUACUAUCUCCCAUCGCUCACCACUGCUCAACGAUUCUCAAAUGUCCUUGACCACAUCAAAAUAAUUUCUGAUAGAGGUAGCACUAUCGGGGGUUAUAAACACCACCAUCCACAGUAUCAGGAGCCCGUCAUCCGAUCCUCGGGUACGGUCGAAAAUGCUAUUGAGAAUGCUUAUUGGAUUGAUUUUCAUGAUCGAUUCGAUCAGCACUCUCAAUUUUCCGAAAUGGUGAAGCAACAUCCAGGAAUUACUUUAAGGUAUGAGUUUUGGGAUGCUCUGAACGCGGUCUCCGUAUCUGUCCGGGAUGAGAGCGUCUUGAAGGAGAUUUUGGAUCAAAUCCCAGGAAUCAAACUUGUGGAGCCAGUUAUCAUUCAUGAUCGCCCAGAUUACAUCAAGUCACCCAUUCGUGAAUUUGGCAAAGUUAAAGAGCAUGAAGCACAUGAUUUAACGGGAGUGAAGGCGGUCCAUGAUUCUCUCAAGUUGUUUGGAAAGGGUAUCAAGAUUGGAAUCAUCGACUCUGGUGUUGACUAUCAUGUACGUUUGGCUGAUAUUCUAAUCUUGAUUAAUAUUUGAACAUUGUUUAAAACCCGGAAAAAAAACUGUCUCAAGAAAUUAAUAAUCAUUAUUGUAAUAGCAUCCAGCGCUAGGAG